UGUUCAAAACUCUGCAUGUUUUCCUAAUGCUGGCUUUUGUAUCUGAGAGAAAUUAGUAUCAUAUAAAUAUUUUAAUUACAGGCAUCUUUUCCUGACACGCAAACAGAAAUAGUCCUCUUCGGUCUCUAUAGAAUGAAAGCACCAAACUGUAAUGAUGAACGACAUGGAUUGGCCAAAACGCGUAGAGCGAUGAGAAAAGUAACGGGUAUCACGUGACAUCGUCGUCUACUUUAGUAUUGUAAUGUAAUGACACUGAAAAACUUUAAUAGAUAUUACAUUGAAAAAUAUAGAUUUAUAAUGUGAUUUUUAUUAUUUUUACUAUCGAGCCGUCAUACCUGACAAAUUACAGGGACAUUUCGAGUCACUAGGCUUUGUCUAUUUUGAGAAGUUCAUGUAUUUAUUAUUGUAAUUUAUACAUAACGCUUCUUUUUUGGCUUAUAUUGUUAAUUCUUACGAAAACGUAAUAAAAUAAGAUCAAAUAUAUCUACAAGAGUCAGGCGUAAUGUGUGGUGUUCGAGCGAGUCGUCAUGAUUCAGUCCAGGCGAGUCGAGCGCAGAUUGAAUCGUUUGUCAUUUCUGCAGUAUGGCGGAGGACAAGGAUCCGGUGACCCGACUGAAGGAUCUGGCUCAGCUCAAAGACCAGCUCGAGGAGAUCCAGAAGAAGGUGGAGAAUGAGGUUCAAGCUGGAAUCCCUCAGGGUGGCUCAGUUUUACAGUCUCCUUUGCUGAAAGGAUUCCUGGCCGGAUAUGUGAUUUCCAAACUGCGUUCCUCAGCCGUCCUGGGAGUGGCUUUGGGAACCUUGACGGGAAUCUACGCCGCUCAGAGUUAUCAGCAUCACAGCGGAGCUCCUUCCCUCCUGAACCAAACUCUUGAGUUAGAUCAAACCGUGUUUCGAGGUCUGUAUGUGAGGGUGGAUUUGGACCGUUUUGAUGAAAAGUGGGCGUUAUCUAGGACUGCAAAAUUAAUUGAAACAAUAUCUAAAUUACAAUAGAGCUUAGUAUGAUUAUCAAAUUGCAGUGGCUGCUUAUUAAUUUUAUUAAAUAUAUGUGAUGCGUGUUUCAGAGUGAAAUGUGGCACUGUGCUCAGUCCGUUUAACAUUUAAUGAACAAAAUUAAGACAUUCUUAAAUAUGAAUAUUGUAAUUUUACAGUUAUAAAAUCUUGCGUGAUAUUUUUCUUAUUAAAUACUCUCUUUUUUUAAAGUGCAAUUACAGUAAUAAUAGUUUUUGUUUCAUAUUUUUAUUUAGUAGUGAUAAUUUAGUUAAAAAAAAUUGUACAGCUGUACUUU